UAACUCCGUCCGCACGGCGCACACGGCUUCCCGAAUUCCCAUCCCCUUUAUAUUUAUAUACGGACCACUUCAUGCAUUUCGCUCAUCAUAUCGUCACAAAUUCCCCGACUUUUCUCUCUCUUCCUCCUAUUUUCUCUCCAGAUUUGGAACGAAUCAUUCCUCUUUCUUUCAUAAAUUCACGCCAAUUCAUUCCUCAUAUUUAUUGUUUCGUUAAUUUUUGUUGUUAAAUCUAAGUUUUUCGCUUUGAUUCUUGUUUGAGAAGGCGUUGUAAAAAAUGGCGGAAGGUGAUUACAAAGUUGAAAAGCAAGCGAAGAGUGGAAGCGAAGAAGAAAGAUUGAAGUACUUUGAAUUUGUGCAUUCUACUGCACUGCAAACCAUUUUAUGCUUUUCAAACAUCUAUGGUUAUGCCAAGGACAAGGCCGGGCCGUUGAAGCCUGGUGUUGAGACUGUCGAGGGUACAGUUAAGACUGUUGUCCGUCCGGUUUCUGACCGGUUUCAUGAAGUUCCGUUUGAACUUCUCAAGUUUGUUGAUCGCAAGGUUGAUGACACUUUGUCCAAGGUGCAGCAUAGUGUUCCACACCUAGUGAAGCAGGUAUCCAGCAGAGCUUUUGAUGCUGCCCAAAAGGCACCUGAGGUGGCUCGUGGCGUAGCCUCAGAAGUUCAACGUGUAGGUGUGGUGGAUACUGCAUCUGGAUUUGCAAAGGAUGUAUACACCAAAUACGAGCCCACAGCUAAAGAGAUCUAUACCAAGUAUGAGCCCGUAGCAGAGCAGUAUGCUGUUUCAGCAUGGCGCUCACUCAACCGCCUUCCCCUGUUCCCCAAGGUGGCUGAGGUAGUUGUUCCCACAGCAGCCUUGUGCUCUGAGAAGUAUAAUCAAACUGUGAAAGUUGGUGCUGAGAGGGGUUACAGAGUUGCCAACUAUUUGCCCUUUGUGCCUGUUGACAAGAUUGCGAAGGUGUUUGAAAGUCAGGAUGGGGAGACACAGACUGUUGCUGCUGAUGGAAAUGGUGUUGCUGUUCCUGCCGCUGCUCACUGAGCCUUUAUCACUCUUAUUAUAAGGAUGUUCAUAAAUCAUAGCUUGAAGCUUUUGGGUUAUGGAAUGCAGUUUUGGUGGGUAGAAUAUAUGUUAGUGGUGUUUUUGUUCAGUUCUUGUUUUCAUGUUUAGUUCUGGAAAUCUAUUGCUUUAUUUUUCAGACCUUCGACUGAUGGUAAUGAUGUAUAAAUCUGUUCUGGAUGCUAUUUUAAGAAUUCCUGGUUUAUAAAAAGAUUAACGUUUUGCUGUA